CUGACAUAACGUCAAGUGAAGAGCGAAGCGGUACGAGUUUGAUCGUUCCGACCACACAACGGUAUGAAACCGACAAAACGGGAUCCAACAUGGUCUCAACUCGUCGUACAACUCUCCUCAAAAUCGCAUGUUCUGAACUGGAGUACAAUUUAAGGUCAUCCAACGUAUCGGAGGGUAUAAAAGGGAGGAGUUGAGAGGCUGGCGUGAUUCCGCGUUCCGGAUAUUGAACUGCGCACUGCUGGCAGCGCAAUCGUCAACCGAAUGCGCCCAAGAAUACAAGCAACUUAGAUUAGGCCUCAGUAAAAUUAGAAACCCACAAGCAAAAAAAAAAAAAAAGGAAACUGGAUGGAAAAUUGGAUUGAAGCCGUUGAUUUUUCUGCCCCGGCAGUUUGCUCAACAUUUGUCCGUCUUUGAUUCUUUACACUUGACUGUAGACUGCUGUUUUGACUGCUGGGAUCUAAACCAUGGCUAAGCGGCCAGUAAAAAAACCCGAGUAUCCCGAAGAGAGCCGGAUUUGUGGUUUGAUAUUCAUAUUUCAGUUAAUUGCAGUUUUAAGUGCUGUGUCUAUCGUGUAUCUCACUGUUGCCUCCUACGUUCCGUCCAUCAAGGCUAUCGCUUCAACAUAUGAAGAAUUUCCGGUAAUAUGCACAACAACUCUGGCUGACGAUUCAGUGGAAAAUUGCACAUGGUUAUCAUGUUUCGAAUGGUGUCUGACAAAAUCAUCCGGUCUCUGCAUGCAAAUUUGGGUCUCUGUCCGUCAAAAUGGCACAGAGCUCGCCUUCGAUCAGUGUCAGAAUCAAGUUGAAAAAUCGUGCACAACCGAAGAUUUAAUUCCAACUCAUCGACAUCUUUGUCGCAAAGAUCAGUGCGAAAAUCUUUUAGGUCUCUUUAACUGCACCAAAGGGGUGUGCGUCAACGUGACGUCUGCCAUGACAUGCAAUAAGUUUACUAAUCUUGGUCAUCAAAUAAGUCUGAAACAGCGCAUUAACUGCCAAGCGUUGGACGGAUUUUAUACUUGCACCGCAAGUUAUUGUAUGGAAAUUCUGAAGCCUUACUCGUGCGAUCGCCGCUGCAGCGAUAUGACAGUCCACGAUCCUCAAGGAUCGCAGAUACGCAACGUCAUUGUCAUCAACAAUGACCGCUUGGUAAUGGCCGGAUGUCACGGUUUGGUUUCAGAUCGGCCCAGUGGCGAAGUAAUGUGGAAUCCGGCGUCUGAUCCCGGAGAAAUUCUUCUGGUCAGCUGCACCCACGUUGGUAACGGUUCUCCAGACGGACAACUGCUGGCAGUUGACUGUGUCAAUGCCUCACUCGUCCAGGCAAAUUAUCUAAAGGACAAUUUCAGUUUACCCACUCUGAUGUCCGCUUAUCAAAAUUCUAUUAUAAACCGGAGAUUGCCAUCGGCUCCGCAAAACAAUCGCCAAGUGCCACUCGAAAAUGAGUUAACCAUUUAUAAUCGGAGUAAGCUUCUUGUCAAUCUGGAGUUUUGUGUAAAUACACUCCGUGACGAGUGUCGGGAAUUUUUUGCCAUCCACGGACGAGACGGAAGAGAUUUACGAUCUCCAGCGCGUUUCCCUUGCUAUUACGCGCCUGAUAAAAACGACUCGGUGAUCUCCAAGUUCAAUCGCAACAAAGUCAUUUUUGAUUUUGCGCUCUCGGCAGCCGUUCCAGGUGUUCUCUUCGUGUUCUCCUGUUCUUGUCUCGUUCUUUGCACAAGGAUUGUAGGUAUAGGACCUGACGCGCACAUGCAAAUUAUGGGAUUUCGCCGUACAGCCGAGCUCAAGAUGGAAGCUUCUAAUGUAGAGGCCGAAUUGCUACCGAACGACUCUAGUAAUCGGAACGGAAAGAAACAUUCAAGCCAACAACGACCUGAUGGCUAAUAAAACUCUUUACAACAUACGCUACCCAUCAGAAGGAUUGAAACAUUUGAGUUUUUCUCUGGGUUCUUUAACAUGGACAUCACGUUCUCUAUCAUUUAUUUUUUCGGCUAAUUUUUGUUUCAGAGACAUGCGUGACAAUGUUGAUUAGUACAGUAUGCAGCUAGCCUAUCCUCUUGGGGAAAAAUUUGCUCGAAGAUACAUAAUGCGCAAACGUUUUACUUUUAAUCUGAAGAGUGGCUCAUUGAGCGUGAAGGACUAAGAUAAUUUCUGAAGAACUGCAAAGUAAAUCGUACAGAAGAGUUGUCUUUUUAGAUGAGCAAACAAGUGAGAACUGUCGAUGGGCAUUCCUUAAUAUCUAUAAUAUUUCUGUGACUUCAGUCUAAAAUUACUACGAACACGAACUAUCAGAACAAUGACUACGACAUUAAAUUCUAGUUUAAUAAGGAUUUUUGACAAUCUUCAAAUUGAAAAAUGUGGCUUAGGUGUUGCUUGAUUCAUGGUUUGGCUUAUUCUUUGGUGUGAAAAUUCAUUAUUUCGGCUAAACAUUUACAGAUUGGCUUAAUAUUCAAACUAAUUGUUGGCCGAGUGCAUGACUUGCGAAUGAAUUACCACCUUCUCCCCGCACAAGUACGAUUUAAAGAUUUCUUUCUUGGAUUCUCUAAUACAAUCGAUUAAUACAUGUACACGCUCCUCUCCAAGAA